UCUCGACCAUACCUAUAAUUUCACUGGCUACAUGGUAUAUAAACCCCCACCUCUGAAACCUUUUCCUCCAUCGCUUACACCAACAAAACCCAAACAAAAUAACCCUUCCAAACCUCCUCCAUACACAUGGCUUCUUCUUCUUCCAACUUCUUCCUCGUUGCUCUCAUCCUGGCCGUCUUAUUCUGCAACAUGGAAAAUGGAAUGGCGGCUCGGCAGCUCCUCCAACUGCCAAAACCCACAGCACUGCCUCCUAUGCCCACCAUACCAUCUCUGCCGCUACCAACUCUCCCAACCGGAGGAUUGCCGCCGCUCCCUAGCGCCGGCGCCAUGCCCACCCUGCCGUCCGGAGGAGGAUUGCCGCCACUCCCCAGCGCCGGCGCCAUUCCCACCAUGCCCACAAUUCCUUCCAUGCCAAAGGUUUCUCUGCCGCCACUGCCCAGCGGUUUUCCAACCAUGCCUUCCAUCCCCGGCCUUACCCCGUCGGGUCCCGGAAACUAAUCAGUGAAGUAGCACGCGAAGUCGGUGGAUAAUAUGUCAUUGUGUUUUGGUGUUUGAAGAUAUAUGUUGUUUUUGUCUAGAGGGCUCAUUGUUUGUUUUUGUUCUGAUUGUUGUUUGAGGUUCUUGGCUUGUAUACUUAUUCCUACUAUUGUAUUUGUAUGCAUCACUCCGUUUUUCAGGUACUUUUUGAGUUUAUAUUACUUCCUUUAUGUUUCGUGUACAUGUGAUUUCAAUUGGAUUUUUCUCAUUUUUUG